CAGAGGGGACCAACCCAACCUAUCUCAUUUUAUGGUCCUGUGUAUUGUACAAGCGCAGAACAUUAUUCCUCAGUCAAUCACAUUGUAUGAACCCAGCCUCUCUCUCCUUCUGUCAUUCUUUCUUUCCUUUUUGCACCUCUGUCCCUUUCCUUUCCUUUUCCUUUUCCUUUUCCUCUGCUCCAGGACAAAUUCUGAAGCACAAUGGAAGGUGUUAUUCUGUGAACAGGAAACCAAGCAGGAGGACGGGUGAGUGAUUUUUCUCAUAGCUGCAGCCCAGGUAAAUGGAGUCUCCAGGAUUAGAAACAGCCCAUCUAGGAAAGAAGAACAGCAAAGGAAAGGGUUCCUGUUUCCAUGUCUUGUUUCUUCAUUUAUUUGAAGAAGGCCCUUGCUGGAUUCUGGGUUCCCCCUUUCCCUGACUAUGAUUUUCCUUCUUUCCCCCCCAGGACUGUGUUGCUAAAGAAAAAUGAUGGAAGAGAGUGGGAUAGAGACAACACCCCCCACAACACCCCCACCCAGCACAACAGGGGCUGCUGUUCCUCCUGCCCCCCCACUCUCACUAGCUCCUCCUCUCCCUCCUCUGAAUGAGCCCGUCUCUUCCUCUUUUCCUUCUCCCGUCUUCUCCCCACCCGCCCCUCCCAUGGUCUCCUCCCUUCCUUCAGUGCCCCCCUCCCCUUUCUUGCCUUCUGCAGCCAUUUCCACAAGUGCCCCUCUUGGUGCUGCCAGCCCGCCAUCCAUCGCUGCUCCGAUGACCUCAGCUUUUGGUAGCUCCGUGACCCAGUUUUUACCAGCUCCACCGUCGCUGAGCUCUGCUCCCGGGCCCCCGGUGUUCUCUGCUCCUCCCACUGGGCCCCCGAUCUCGGGGUUUUCCAUGGCCACCACCUACGACAUCACCAAAGGCCAUGCAGGACGAGCACCCCAGACCCCUCUGAUGCCCUCCUAUACGGCCCGGCCUGUCACAGGUGCCUUGACAAGCCCUCUGUCACAACAGGUCCCUAUGUCUGCACCCACCUUAGCAAGUGGCUCUUCUAUUACUUUUCCAGAGGAUCACGGAGACCCCCGAGGCAUUGGGGUACACAGUGAAACAUCUGCAGGAGGACUGUGGGGCUUCAUUAAAGGCGUGGCUGGCAAUCCUGUGGUCAAAUCAGUGCUGGAUAAAACCAAACACUCGGUGGAGACCAUGAUCACAACGCUGGAUCCCGGCAUGGCUCCAUAUAUCAAAUCGGGAGGAGAGUUGGACAUCGUAGUCACCUCCAUGAAAGAGAUAAAGGUCGCUGCAGUAAGAGAAGCCUUCCAAGACGUUUUUGGGAUGGCUACUGUGACGGGGGAAGACGGCCAAUCCAACAUUGCCCCGCAGCCCGUGGGCUAUGCAGCCGGAUUGAAAGGGGCCCAAGAGAGGAUCGACAGCUUACGCAGGGCAGGCAUCAUCCAUCAGAAGCAGCCAACUGUGUCUGUCGAAAGUUUUAUUGCAGAAUUGCUCCCUGACAAAUGGUUUGAUAUUAGCUGCCUGAUUAUGGAGGAUCUAGGUCAUGGGAUUCACUUGGAAACCUUUACACAAGCCACACCAAUACCUCUGGAAUAUAUACAACAGGCGCAGAAUUUGACUCCUCCAGACUACAACCUCCGAUGGUCAGGUUUGUUGGUGACAGUGGGUGAAGUGAUUGCAAAGAACUUGCUGCAUGUCAACCACACCGAUUGGCAUAUGGCAUUCACUGGCAUGUCCCGUCAACAGAUGAUCCACAGUGCAGCCAAAGCGAUUGCAGGGAUGUAUAAGCAGCGUUUACCCCCAAGGACCAUUUGAAAGGAAAAUCAAAGACUCCAUAAGCCUGAGGGGGAACUGACAAGCAUUUUUAUAGCACGGUUGGGAAAAAAUAUUGUUUGCUUGCCAUUCCUCACCCUGGUGCUAUCCCAGUGCAUUGGGCAGGAACUCCCAGGUUUGUAGACAAGCACUUUUGGAAAGGCACCAGGUUGGAGAAUUAAUUAAAACACAUUCAAAGAGGUGCACAUUUCAAGUUAAACAGUAAAGCUGCUGAACUAAAAUUUGGAUCACCAAAUUUGGGCUGUAAUUAUGGCUAGAGAGGUUCCAUUUGGAAUAAUUUGAAGUCCAAAGCCAGGAAGACCAAUUCCUUGGUGUUUUAUGUUUGUAAGGGUGGGUGAUCAGGAUAAACGUUUGGCCUUGUGAAAUGGCCCCUUUUAACUUUUGUAUACAUCUUUCUUCAUCCUAGGGAGUUAAGAUGCAUAUGCAACCAAAACAGUAUGGGAUUUUAAAACAAAGAAAAACUCCCAGAAAUCAAUGUCAAUUUAACAAUUUGUUGUUAAAGUUAACCCAGUAACAAAUCAUUCUUAGGCUCUUUUGCAGACAUUUUCCAAAAUAGGGCAUUACGGAAUAGUUCAAAUGCAGGGUGCUAAAGGGUAGCAUUCUUUUUAUUUUUUUAAAGGGUAGGUUUUGUAUGAAAACCCAGUUUAAAUAGUUGGUUUCAUUUGAAGGUGUUUUGCCUUUGAAACUGAUCAAUUUGACCUGGCAGUUCAAAAUCAUGGGAUUGAUGCUGGCACAAAAACAAUUGAACUGUUCAGUCAAAUUUGAUCGUGUUUUUUUUUUUAACAUUUCAGCAUUUUCUUCAAAAAAUCUAUUCAGGUGAAUUGCAUUCAGAUCAGAUUUCUGAAUCAAAUAUUUGCAUAGCCCUCCAGCCACCUUAACAGAGAUUUAGCGUAGAUCAUUACAUGAUAUUGCCCAUUCAGGAAAACCUCUCCAAGUGUCUCCAGAGUCAUUUUGUAUAUAGUAAGGACUGCUGGAGGCCUGCAUUAACACAAGCAAAUAGAUUGCAUUUUAUUGGCAGUAAGCUCUUUCAAAAAAGAGCAGAUUCCUAUCCCUUCUGUCUCCAUUCUGUACUCAGAUAGUCAAUUCAUAUUUAUAAAUUGCUAAGGAAGAGUAUUUUGAUAAUCUUUAGUACAGCUUUUCAAUUUAUAUUGCUUAAUCUUUUUUUCUAGAUGCUUUCAAAAUACAAUUUUAUAUAGAAUAUCUGGUUAGCCAGUUUCUUAAUAUUUCCCCAAGAGUGUUACUUGUCUUGGUUUCCCUUGUAAGUCAGAAUUAAAUCAAUGCUGCUCCAGUAAA